AGGUUCAGUUCGCGUUUAGCUUUUACCGAGUGGUCACCGCGACGCUAUCCGCCAAUUACGCACGUAACACCAUGAUUUGUGAAGUUUGAAAAGUGUUGAAUAAAUUAAAAAAAAAAAGUGGAAUCAUGAUGGAAGAUCCCACUCAGUUAGUGUACACGGAGCUUCCGCUCUCGAUGCUUUCUACGACCGCGUUAUUACGUAGUCACCAAUCGAGGUUCCAACCGUACCACCGUUUGCACCAGCCGCAAUUCUUCGCACCGAACAUCCGGUCGCACCAUCACGAUUACUUGUCGUUACACCAUAGAGGUUUAGAGCGACUCACUCAGGAACCAGAAGAGGAAGUAAGUGCAAUAGACCAGAGCCAACCACACAUUUCCUGUCUCUACCCAGAAAUCCUAACUAUUAUAUUUAGUUAUUUAGAUGUUAGGGAUAAAGGUAGGGUGGCACAGGUUUGUACCACUUGGAGAGAUGCCGCCUACCGUAAAUCAGUUUGGCAAGGAGUCGAGGCGAAAUUACAUUUAAGACGAGCGAACCCGUCCUUGUUCGCUUCCUUGGUCAAGCGAGGCAUCAAACGGGUUCAAGUUCUUUCGCUUAAGAGGUCGCUCCGUGACGUCAUACAGGGCAUUCCGAACCUAGAAUCUCUUAACUUAAGCGGAUGCUAUAACGUUGCUGAUGUAGGUAUAUCGCAUGCUCUUGUGAGUGAAGUAAACUCACUUACUGAGCUCAACUUGUCCCUAUGCAAACAGCUCACGGAUAACUCAUUAAGCAGGAUAGCGCAGUAUUUGAAGAACUUGGAGAUUUUAGAGCUGGGAGGUUGUAGCAAUAUCACCAACACUGGUUUAGUGCUAAUAGCGUGGGGGCUAAAGAACCUUAAGAGGUUAAACUUAAGAUCUUGCUGGCACGUGAGUGACCAAGGGAUCGGACAUUUAGCCGUGGGCAAUCAGUCUUUGGAGCACUUGGGGCUUCAAGAUUGUCAAAGGCUUUCGGACGAAGCUUUAAAGCAUGCCACAGGUUUAACGUCACUUAAGUCGUUAAACUUGAGUUUUUGCAUAAGCAUUACCGAUAGUGGGCUUAAGCAUAUCGCCAAGAUGCCAAACUUACGGGAGUUAAACCUUCGAUCAUGUGAUAAUAUUUCGGAUAUCGGGAUGGCGUAUUUGGCUGAAGGAGGUACCCGUAUAACGUCCCUGGACGUGUCAUUUUGUGACAAAAUCGGCGAUCAAGCUCUGGUGCAUAUUUCCCAAGGAUUGUACAAUCUAAAAAGUUUAUCUUUGAGUGCGUGUCAAAUAUCGGACGAGGGACUGGGUAAGAUUUCGUCCACCCUACAUGAACUAGAGACCCUUAAUAUCGGACAGUGUUCCAAGAUAACCGAUAACGGGAUAACUACGUUAGCGAAAUCGCUGACGCGGUUACGAUAUAUAGACUUAUACGGAUGUACGCGGAUUACCACUGUGGGACUAGGAAAUGUGAUGAAACUACCGAACUUGAGUAUCCUGAACUUAGGUUUGUGGCAUGUUAGGUGAAACUAAUAAUUGUUUAGCUAGGAUUUAUAUUAUAUAUUUUAUAACCGGUUAUUAAGGACGCCCGCAAGGUUUCUUAUUUCGUAAAUGCUCAAGGUCUUAAGCUUAAGUAUAUCUAGUUGUUAGCCAGAUACCAAAAAUGUCACGUUAUAGGUUUAAUAACAUUCCUAGAUGGUUUUUUAUGCUGUGGGAGCAAUUCUUUAAGUUAAUUGGCUCAGUAAUGUUAAAGAUGUGUGUUAAUUAAUAACGUUAUUAUUUUAUUAAGCUUAUGGCGAUAAGAUUAUAACGUUACAAAGUAAAUAUUUUUCUUACGAUUACUGUUGAAUGGAUUAAAACUGAAUUCCAACAUUCUUUUUAAAUAAUAUUUUUGAUCCUUUGAAAAACCUUAAAAAUGGGUUUUACCAUAGUAAAACCAGUUUUCUUAACUGUUUUUAAUGAUGUAGACUGAUACUGAUGAUGGUGCAAGAGGUCUUGCCCUGAAACAUGCGCAGUUCUAUAACCCUUUCAGGAGUUUUCCUUUGAAAUUUUCUUUUGCCUAAAUUCAACUUGAUUUAACAUUUUUGUUUUUAAUUUUCUAGUUUUUGAGAAAAAUUUAUAUUUCAAGGCAAAGAAUGAAAUGCUUGGUGACAAUUAUGACCAAUUAACUUGCGAACUUAUAAGACAUUUCGUAAGAAAACACGAAAUUUUUAAUAAUUCUACUUAGUCCACAAUGGCGAAUACAAUUAAUUCAGUAUAAUAUAGAAGUUAUGUAUACUUGCUCAUUAAAUUCAAUGGUCAAAAUUUGACUUUUAGUGAAUAUUUCUCGAACAUUUCUCAAGUCCAAUUUAGUCAACUUUAACAGUAUUUCGAUAAAACAAUUUAGGACAAUUCUGUGCUAUUAAUAAGCAUUCUGUUUUUCCACUUUUGGAUUUUCCCUGGACUCUAAUCAUAAUGGAAGUUUCGCCCAAAAACAUGCGCAUUUUUUCAUUCUGUAACGUUUGUUCAUUAAGUUUUUUCUAGAAAAUUACUAAUUGUCUUAAGGCAUUUUCGAUUUAAAUUGAUUCGACUUGAUCCUUUUUUUAAUAAGGUUUUAACUUUACUAAAUGAUACCAAGAAUGAUCAAUUGACUUGCAUACUUAAGUUAUUUCUUAAUAAGUGGUUAAACAUUCAACUUAAAUUUCAUUUUCUCUGAAAAAUUACCAAUUAUCUUAGGGUAUUUUCUAUUUGCCAGAUAUAGGUCAAUUUUUUUUAUUUAAAUCCGACUUAAUUUAUUUUUUUUAAUAAGGCUUAAAGUGUCCUCUAGACGAGUUUUUCAGGUUCAAAACAAAAAUAAUCAAUUAACUUGCAAACCUAUAAGUGAUUUACCAAUAAAUUCGUAAAAGUUUCCUUUAAACAACUACCAAAUAUUUUUUAUUUCUCUGACUUGAAUUAAUUUUUUUUAAAUUGAGGUUUAAACUUUAUUGUGUGUCCUCUGAACGAUUUUUUUAGGUUCAAAGCAAGAAUGACCAACUAACUUGCCAACUUAUGAGCGAUUUGCCAAAUCAUUCUUACGAAUUCGGCUUGAUUUAAUUUUUUUUUUAGAUUCUUUAAAUUUUCGUAUUAAAUUUCUAGCUGUUUAAAAAGUCAAGAAUUAUGGCAUUUUUUGCAUAUAAAUUUUUUAUCAAUAAAAAGUAAUUUUUGUAGGUUUAUAAGCUUACUUAUGGACUAUGUAUGCUUAUUAAAGAGCAGGAACACAGAAAAGUUACUUUAAAAUGCUUGGCAUACAAAAAAAAACAAUCUUGAAUACAUGAAACUGCCCACAAAUGCCUGGAAUAAAAUAAAAAAUUACUCUAGAAGUCUGAAACAUAAGGAGUAUUAAUAAAAAUACCUGGAGUGCCUAAAAAAUUAACCCAAGCGUGGAAUAGCCUAAAAAUGUCUCCAAGGGCCUGGACUAGAAUGAAACGUGACUCUAAAGGCCUGGAAUAUGAGAGAAAUUAAUUCCCAAGGCCUGAAAGACGUAAAAUAUGCCUUUAAAUGCCUGGAAUAAAUUAAAAAAUUACUUCGAAAGCCUGGAAGACAAAAAAUUUCUCGAAUAGACUGAGAAGUGACGUCAAAGUCCAGGAACACCAAAAGUUAAUUCCAGAUGUAUGGAACACAUAGGAAUUUUUUUCUUAAUAAAAAAAACUUUAAACUUUCACUUCUUAAGCAAAAUUAUAUACCUCAAUAGCCUGGAAAAAAUAACUAAUUAUCUAUGUUUCUAUUUGCCUUAAAAGUUUGUAAAUUGGAAAAUGCCACCCGUGUCAAUUUCUACUUUGAUUUACUGCAAGAAAAAAUACAAAUUUACGCGUGUUCAUUGAAAGCAAUUUCCUACUGUCAACAAAACAACCCAAAGCACGCAGUAAUUAAUUUAUCAGUUAUUUAAUAUUUGCUCAUAAAAUAAACCAUUUAAUGUUUUUUUUAAUUUUAUGACAAUUAAAUGCCAUUUCAAUAAAAAAAGAAACAUAUAAACCGUGAUUUUAAUCCCAAAGCGAUUUUCCAAUUUUUGAAAUAAUAGAAAAAUCGAGUAAAUGGAUAAACAAAAUCUAGUGUAUUUUAAUUCCUGGUCGGCCUAUUUGCAAAUAUAAGAAAUUUGGAAAAAUAUUGAAGUAAUCAAGGUUUGUCUUAUUUUAGAAAUUAAUUAAAAUAAGACACUUAAAAUCUUGAUUAUUUUUUUUAUUAUUUCUAGACAUUUAAAGUAUAGUUAUCAUUUGCUUUACGUUUAGUAAAAUGAAAGGUUUAUUACAAUUUUAUUCUAGGUAGUGGCGCAUUUUCUCGAAACUCUUCUUUCGGACAUGUUUUGGUUCUUUAUUUAACAUAACUUAAAUUAGUUAUUUUUUUAUACUAAGAAAGUUUCUUAAUAGCUGAAAUUUAUUUGCCUUUAAGUACCUGAGAAAAGGGGUCAGCUGCCCAAAUCUAAUAAACCAGGUAUUAACUGCCUAAAAAAAUUAAAUCAAUAUUUUAAUUCCCUAGAAAAAAUAUUGUCACAUUGGCCCAAAACAUCAAGUGUCUGGAAAAAAACGGCUUGGUAAAAAAAAUCUAGAGAAGUAAAAUCAAUACUUGAAUUUCCUGGAUAAAAAGAGAUAACUGUCCAGGAUGUGUUAUAUUUUUUUAACUAAUUUUAAUGUUUUUUUUUCUAUUUUAUUCCAUUAUUCUGUUUUUAUAACAGUUAUCUCUUAGUUCUUAGAGAAAUUCGAUAAAAAAUGGUAAAUUACUUUAGACCCAAGAAUAUUUUAUCCACUGGAAAAAAUAUGAAAAUAAUAAUCAAUCAUUGAAGAAUAUUAUACAGCGUAUCUCUUAAUGCUUUUAACAACACAGAACUUGGUAGAAAAAAUCAAAAAGCGUUUUUUGACGUUAUUUUCGAAACUGAUCCCGAUUAAUUCACUCCAAGAAUCUACCCUCAAUUUUUAAUACCCUCUUCAAUUAAUGUAAAAAGAAAAGUGUUUUUUAAUUGUAAAAAAAAUUUAAAAAAUUAAAAGGGAUAGUUUCUCGGGAGUGAAUUAAGCAGGAAUAGUUUUAAAAAUAAUUUGAGUAUCGCCUCUCAUGGAAACUGAAUUUUAUAAUUUUUUUUAUUUUGCAAUGCAAGAAAGUGAUACACUGUUAAACGCAUUUUGGGACCUUAUGUUAUUAAACUCCUAAGAAACUACCUGCAAUUUUUUUUAUUUUUUAAAUAGCCUCCUUAAUUGUGAAUAUAAUAGAAAAAGUGUGUUUUGAUUGUAAAGAAGUAAAAAAAUUUAAAAAGAAGUAGUUUUUCGGAGACGAGGAUUACGCAGGUGUAGUUUUAAAAAUAAUUUGAUUAUUGUCUUUCAUAAAAUACGAAUUUUUUAAUAUUUCUUUUAAUUAUUUUUUAAUUUUACUUUUUAUUAUUUUUUUUAUUGUGAAAAACGGCAAAGUUCUACACUAUUAAACGCAUUUUGAGUCUCCUUACAUACAUGGCAAAGACCAUAAACUAAACUAUCAAAUUUAUAUUCGAGUCUCUUCUUCUGUUCUUAGGAAUUCUUGGAUUUUUUUAAAUAGAGUCAUCGCAAGUCGUUCUUCCGAUGCUUGGUUUAGUACUAACUGCAAAAUUCCAUAUUUAAUUUUAACGUUUUUAGAAUUUCAUUGAUAUUCAUCUUUUACUACAAUCUCCAUCAUUGAAACUAAUUCUAUGAUUGUCCGUCUUCAUGGCUGAGGAUAAAUAGGUUUUUACCUGAAUUUUAUUCCGUAAAAUUUAUUACACUGAAAUAUUUAUCAAUAUCAUCUUUAUGCUUAUUGAAAAUUCAUCAAUUGUGGUUUGGGUAAAGGAUAAAUUUUUCUGAAAUAUAUAAGAUUAGAAAAAGAAGAAUUCCGAUAACUAUAAUAAAUUCGAGAAUAGGAGUUGUUUUGAAUGCCAUUACUAUUAAGGAAGGAAUAUUACUUUUAGAAUCAUGAAAUUAAUUAUUUAUAUUAAUUUUUUUAUUGUUCUCCUUCAUAACACUUCUCUUUCAAGAUUUUUUAUAAGGAAUGCAGAAACUUUGACUGGUUCUUUAACAGAAUGAAAGGUGGGUGAUUCUUAGUUAGAGAUAUGAGUGUUUUAUAUCAUGAACUUAACUAUUAUGAGAACAAUAUUUAAAGAACAUAUGGCAAAUUACGUAUGCAAUAAUUAUUAAGAAAGCGACAGAAUUCACGUAACAAUGAUGCUAAUUGAAAAACUUAAGGACUCUCAAGAGUUGAUCAUAAAGAUAUUUUUGAGUUAUUAUUAUCGAGGAAAGUUUGUUGUUUUUAGAAGCAUGCAACUGGUCAUUUAUUAUUGAUAAUAAUUUCUUGUUGUUCUUAUGCAUAGGAUUUAAUUUUCUUCAUAUAUGUUUUGAGGGAUUUGACAAGAGCAUGCAGUCAUUUGUGUUGUUUUAUUUGUACUUUAAAAGACUUGGUGUACUUGUAAUUUUUGAUGGAAUAUUUCUAAUAGACCUCAGAAAUAUAAUGGUCUCGUAAAAUAAAUUUCUAUAUAAGAUUUUUAAGAAAAAUAUGCUAAGGCAAUCAGUUGAUUUAUAAUAUCAAGAGUUUUCAGGAUUCUUUAUUAUCCUCCCUCAAAAAAAUAAACAAUAUUAUAUUUCUGAAAUUUGCUAAAAGAACUUGACUAAUGUACUAAAAAAAACAGACUAGGUGUAUUUUUACAAGAUUUAUACCUUGUCUAAUCCAAACAUGUAUUCACACACCAUCCAAACACAAUCCAUUUAACAUUUUUUAACUAAUAAAAAUAAGACCAGUAAUAUUAGUGGAUUUUUUGCGCUUACUGCACUAACAAAGUAUUAGGGCUGUAAAUACAUAGCGAUAAAAAUACAUUAAGCAAUCAAAUAAAGGGUUUUUAUACUGUGUAUACUAAGUAAUCGCAAGUAAAUGCCUAAAGCGUCUAAUUAUUGUUUCAAGUUGAUCAGAGAUCAUUCAAGAAAACGGUUAUGUGUAUUUUUUAAAUAAAUAUGCAACUUAAAAUCAUAUUUUAAGUGGAGUUUUCAUGCUAAGAACUUUUUAAAAAUUCCUUAUAUAAUGCUCCCUAGCAUAAACCCACCCUUCAAGAAACCUUUCGGACGUCCAUAACAGGGGUGAGUUGACAUAGGGCGUUUACAUGCUAAGCUCUUAAAAGUGAGAAUUUCUUGUUACCGUAUAUAUUGUGCAUAUAUUUCUAAUAUAGUUUGUGAACGUUCAAUGUGAUCCCAUCCUGAAGCAAGUGUAUACAUUAAUUAUAUACGCGAGAGCUGUGAUAGUUUAAAACGAAUGACGUAACCUGUUUAAACUAGUAUAAAAAAAUUAUACGAAUAGGGUAAAAUAUUAAACAAAUUAUUAAUUGUUUUUUUGUUUAUUUUGGAGACGGUGCUAACGCUUAGGAAUUUUUUAUUUUGUUACAUAUCAGAUUUAAUUUUUUUCUUUUCAUUUUCGUACUGACGCUCAGGCUUCAGCACCGUUUCUAUUUUAAAACAUGUAUCGAUCAUCUUCCUCAUUGUCUUUUCGAACAAAAAAUGUCAUAUGCAGAGAGGUUUUUUUAUGUUAAAAAAAAGUCUUGGGACCAUUGAUAUUACUGUUUUGUUAAAUCGUAUUAUGUUUCCAUGUUUCCAACGAUUUUUUUUAUUAUGUUUAAAGUUUGACGAUAAUAAAUGAUGUUUUAUUUGAA